CACAUUUUCACCGGGUGGAAAAUGGCGACGCCGGCGCUGAGGCUAAGCCUGAGACUGAGCUCCUGGAUCCCGGGGAGGAUCCUGAUCCCGAUCCACCGACGCAGGGAGUCCGGGACCGGGAAUGAACAGCAAGAUGCUAGGGAUGCCCUGGCCCGGCCCCCUUUCCGGAGCCGGAAAUACCAGCCCCCUGCCCAGCUGGAAGAGAGGGUGCGGGCCGUGUUGGAACGGGUGACGGGUUCACCUGCUGCCCCGGACUGGCAGGAAACUCAGCUGGGUGAGGGUGAGAGGUUCCACCUCCUCUGCGAGCUGUCCGAUGAGCUGAGACACACGGUGCCCAACUCCCGGCUGCACCAGAUGAGGAGCCCGGGCGAUAUCUUGCACUUCUACCAGCAGCCGGCCGACACCGACUCCUUCGCCUUCCAGGAGCUGGCUGGCUCGGAGCUGCCCCCGAAUCUCCGGGUCAACUGGAUCUAUGAGGGGAGAGGAGGAGGAGGAGGUGACGGAUUGAAUCCAGGCUGAAAGAAUUGCCAUCCAGCCAACGAUUGCAGGACCCCGAGGAGACACCUGUCAUGAAGAUAUUAAUGUAUAUAAUGUUAUUGGAAAUAAUUUUAAAUCGGCUUUGUAGGAGGGUCUGUGUCUGUGGGUGUGAGUGUGUGUGUCUUAACUGGAUUAAAACCAGCUAGCCUGGGUGCUUUGAUGUAUAGUAGUUUUGAGAUGUUAAACAGUAAGGUUAGA